GUCCGACUUUUGCACUUUAGGACGUUACCGAGCGUAUCAACACUUCCGUCUUCAUCAGCUACAAUGUUAACAGAGGAAAUCCACGUAAAUAUGUUUAACCUUUGUAUUAUCAUGGGAGCACAAAGCUUAAGGGGCUGGUAAACACAUGCUGAAACAAGGCGGCAGAGGUAAAGAGAUGACCUGUUGUUCAGGCACCAUGAGAAGACCUGUGAAACAGUGCCAUUGCCCUUCCAGAAGGGUGCUUGUUCCACUCCUGAGCCUGGCAUUGAUUUCACUGGCUCUGUUAAAACUGCCUCUCUUUCACACUGACCAAAAACCCGUUGGAGUGUCAGUAGAUCCCAUCUAUCGAGGGCGUGUCCGUACAUACGUCCAGGAGGUGCUGAGCAAUGAGUGCAGACCUUCCUUCGCCCGACAGAGAACGAGAGCUGAUCAUUCCAGCUCCACUCCAGUGGCACAGCCGUUUUUAUACAAGAACACUGUUUUAAAUGAAGAAAUAUUCAAGUAUCCUCCACCGUUUGGCUUCCUGGGUAUGCAGAAGAAUCUUAAAGAAGUGCUGAAGCUCCUUCCCUCUUCAGAGGAGAGCUCUGGCGGACGGGAGUGUCGUCGAUGUGUGGUGGUUGGUAAUGGAGGAAUACUGAAGGGAUUGGGCCUCGGGCCUCUUCUCAAUCAAUUCAGUGUCAUUAUACGGUUGAACAGCGGACCCGUGCAAGAUUUUAUCGCAGAUGUUGGAAAUCGUACUUCGAUCAGAAUGACGUACCCUGAAGGUUGCCCGAAGGUUUGGGAAGAUACAGACUCAGAUCUCAAGUUUGUUGCUGUGAUCUACAAAUCCGUAGAUUUCCACUGGCUUCGUGCAAUGAUCACCGAAACAGCCAUUUCGCUGUGGGACCGGCUGUUUUUCUGGCAGAAGGUUCCUGUGAGGGUUCCAAUAGACGUCUCCCAGUUUCAUCUUCUGAAUCCAGAGAUCAUUCGAGAAACCGCUCUGGAUCUGCUUCAUUACCCCACGCCCGGGAAACGACUCUGGGGCUGGGACCAGGCGUGACGAGAGCCGUGGGAGGAAGAAGCGAGGCCGGGACGCGAUUGAUAAUGAGUGUCAGCUGGGCAUCAUUCCGGCCUCGUAUCUCUCACGGAGGAGCGGAAGCAUAAAAGGACGAACAGCAGGAGAAUACGGGGAGAGAGGACCGGGCCCGGAAAUGUUAAGUUUUGUGUUUGUUUGUUUGGCCGGCAGUCGUCCGUGAGGGGCUGCCGGCCUUUUACUUCCGGAUUAUUGUUUGUUUAUUUUUGAUUAAAGUUUAUUGUUAAAUGUUCGCCGGUUCCCGCCUCCUUCCGUUUUAUUGAACGUGCUACAAUUAUAUUUCUAUUAGAAAAUCUGUACUUUUACUUCGUUACAAUGUGUGAUGUUCCUUUGUUCCUUCAUUUUAAAAUGUUUUUUUUAAAACGCGUUGUUUAUUUCAAGGUUGUCGUCUCUUUUUACGGGCAUUCCCGAGUGAUCGAUUCUUUUGAGUCGAUUCUUUUGAAAGCAUUAAUUGAACAAUGGGCAAAACCAUUUGAAUAGGCUAAUGAAUCAGUUCAAAGGAUUUGUUCAGUUCGCAGCACGAUCUGAAUCAUCU